CUCACGAUGGCUGGAACACGUCGAUCCACGCGUCAGACGACUAAAUCUACUCCAAAGUACAACGACGAUAGCUCAUCGUCGUCUGAACAGGCAAAGUCGAAGCGCAAUGUCAAAAAUUCGAUGCGUCAGAAGCGCGCACGUCAAGAGGAUGCAGAUGAAGACGUGAAGGACUACAGCAACCCACCUCCAGCCAAAAAGAGCACAAAGUCGAAGACAGAAACGAAGAAUACCGUAGUCGAACCCAAGCCCUCGAAGAUCACAGUACCGCCUGCAGCCCCCUCGAGCGACUUGAACCGCGACGCCAGUGGCAAUCAAGAAGUCUUUUGGCUACUAAAAGCUGAGCCCCUACCACGCUACGAGAACGGCAUCAAUGUAGCCUUCUCGAUCGACGAUCUGGCCGCAUGCACGAAGCCAGAACCUUGGGGCGGCGUACGCAACCCACAAGCACGCAACAACAUGCAAGCCAUGCGCAAAGGUGACCUGGGCUUCUUCUACCACAGCAAUGCAAAGCCAUCAGGGGUCGUGGGUAUACUGAAAGUCGUUGAGGAGGCAAAGGUCGACGAGACCGCGUUCGACAGCAAAGACCCAUAUUACGAUUCAAAGAGCAACAGAGCAAAGCCAAAGUGGUACUGUGUUGGUGUCGAGUUUGUUAGGAAGUUCGACAAUGUUGUGGAUCUCAAAAGCAUCAAAGAUAACGCAGCGGCCAGAGGCAAGCUGGAAGACAUGCAGCUGAUCACAAACGGACGGUUGAGCGUAUGCCGCGUGCGCAAGGAAGAGUGGGAUUUCAUCCUUGACAUGGCUGAGAGCAAGCACAAAGGAGAGGCGAAUACAGAUCGAACUCUGUGAGAGCAGGUAACAGUCUCUUUCAUGUAUGAGAGACAAGUCUCGGUUCAACUAUACGUAUUGCAGAGCAGCAAGGACCAAUGCUCAAUACUGGAGGCCCUCAAUGAUCUUU